AGGUACAGUGACCCUCAUUCGGCCAUCGCAGGCCAUUCUUGGUCAUUCAGAGGUUGUAUUUUGUAUUUUUUUUUUUAAGACUGUUUGAACAGGAGCUCCGUCAUGGACGCCAACGAGAGCAACUGCAGCCUCAUAGUGGAUGAACACACUCUUUCCGAGCAGGACAUUUUCCUCCUGAGGGUGCCACAUCACGACGAAGAAUACACGCCACCUGCAGGUAAUGCCGAAGACCUUUUCGUUUGUCAAAUGGAACCAAACAAAAGGGUUUGUGCAGAUCGGAGCUGCUUCAUUAUGCGACGCCGGAGUACAAGUAAACUGGCUUUGUUGAAAGUUAAGUCCCGCGCCUUCGUUAGAGGUGGACGCAAAUGGCACGCAAAGGCAGCCAGAGGUCGCCACCUAUUGGUCAAAAUGUUUGUAACUGAACCUGGUCACGUGGUGACAGUCUCCUCUCUUAACUAAUCCUCUUAUAUGUCGCAGGUGUCCUUUACCAUAUUCACCGGUGCUUGAAAACGGGUAAACUCCUAAAUCUACCACAGCUCUUACUUUCCCUUGCUUACAUUUUUUAAUAAUGUCACGUUGUUGUGUGUUUAAGGCAACACGAGCAUCAACCAGAGCGUAAACAGCUUGUGUGAAAAAAAUCCAUCCUAUGAUGAAGACGCUUGCAGAGGUACAAAUAUUAACACGCUAUUGAAAACAUGAUCUAAGUAAGCAUUUCAUCGGCGAACCAGCGCGGUGCGUCUCCGUGUUGUUGGCACGCGGGUUUACGCGGUGCGUCUCUGUGUUUUUGGCACGCAGGUUUGGCAGAAACACAAUACAAGUUCACCGCUUCCGACCAGACGAGCCGCUGUGUGUCGUGCAAAGCGCCGGGGAGGAAGCCGGACCUCGCCAUCGACGUCCCUCCACCCGACGGCGCCAGCGGCACCGGGGUCAGCCCGGGAGACGCAGCGCAAGUAUCCCAACCCACGGGACCAUCUGUGCCCUGCGCGCGCUCAGCAGCUGCAGAUGAUCACCCUGGUUUGCUGGACGUUUUUUUAAAUAUUUUUUUAUUUUUUUUUAUUCCACUACAGAACUAUCAUGCAAAACCUGUCGUACUUCCUGGAAGAGAUGGGCAAUUGCAGCACGGCAUCGGUGACGAUGGGCGGCAUCAAAGGACUGAUCUCCAAACUCCUCCUCGGAGACGAGGCUGACUUCAACUUUGGCGUCACGUCGAGCGGUGAUUUCAACGUACGCGGCGGGUGCGGCUCAAAUCUGCAUGGAGGGAACCCCCCCCCCCACACCCCUAGUUGUGUUUGACACCGUCCUUUGUUGUGGUUGUAGAUCCUCGAGGACGACAGUUUCGUGAGCAGCUUCUCUCGAUCGGUGCACAUCCCAGCAGAGGCCUGCGCCAUGGCCGUGGAACGAAACGGCUCGUUUGCUGGAGUUCUGGUUUUUCCCACGAUGUAUCGGGUAAAAAAACCCCCCCAAAAAUACUGCAAAAAAAAGAAGCUUUUUCUUGUUUUGUGUGGGUCGUGACUGUGAACAAACAUCUCCCUCAGGAUGACCCCGAGAGUUUCUUUCUCAACGAUGAGUUUCUGGGAAUUGAGAUGGGGACAGAAAUAUCCAACCUGUCACACACCGUGGACAUCCAUUACAGACGCGUGGACACGAACGGAAGAAUUGCUUCCUGUAGGUCCUGGGACGGGAAAGAACCUGCCAUCUGGACCACAGACGGCUGCCGGACGAGGGAGACCCGCGGCGGCGGCGGCGUCACGUGCCAGUGCUCCCACCUCACCUUCUUUGCGAUACUCAUGUCGCCUCCGGCCGUGAACAUGAGCGCUUCGGAUGUCAGAUCGCUGACCCAAAUCACGUCGAUGGGCUGCGGCCUGUCCAUGCUGUUCCUGGCCGGCGCAGUGUUCGUGCACUGCCUUAAAUUCAGAAAAGAGGACACGAGCCAAGCCACUGAGAUCUUGAUGAACCUCUUUGCGGCCAUGUUCGCCCUGAACUUGUCUUUCCUGGUCAACGAGAGCGUCGCCGCGCUCGGCCACUCGGGCUCUUGCGUUGCCAUGGCGGCGGUGAUGCACUACGCCAUGUUGGCCACCUGCACCUGGUUUUUCACGGAGGCUCUCCACCUGCACCUCGUCCUUCGGAAGCUCUCCACCGGCAGGCGUUACAUGGCCGGGAUUUACGUCACCGGGUGGGCGCCACCCGCCGUUGUGGUGAUCACUCUUCUUGCCCUUGGACAAUACGAUCACGUGGUCCUUCACACCGACGAUGGGAGUUCAGCUAAAAUAUGCUGGAUCUCCGACGCCGUCGUCCACAACGGGGUGAACGUCGGUUACUACGCCGCGGUGUUCCUCUUCGCCUUCGCCGCGUUCAUCGCGACAGUGCGACAGAUUGUGUUCACCCGCCCGGCAGCAGGGAAGCGUCAGAACGUCUGCUCCACCAACUCCUUCUCCAUCGUAGGCCUGCUCCUUCUGCUGGGGAUCACCUGGGCCUUUGCCUUCUUCAGCCAUGGACCUCUGCUCAUAGCCUCCUACUACAUCUUCACCAUCCUCAACUCCUUCCAAGGUUUUUUCUUGUUUGUCUACUACAUCUGUUCCAGAAGGAAGAGCAGCUCGCCGUGGGACACCAGCAGCGCACCUACUGACGCAGUCACGCACUCACAUUGACUUUUCAAAUGAGGACAGAAAGCGCCCCCGUGCCUGCGCUCAUAUUGACACAAGAGGGCAGCAUUUUAUUUCCUAUCGGCUAGUAGAUUCCCCCCCCCUCACCCCCCCUGUUGAAUUAGAGGCUGUUACAUCCAUUGACAAAAUGACUAAUGAGUGGAAUGGGACGACCUGGUUGAAGGAGUCACUUCCUGGAAGUGGUUUUAUUGUGACGGCUCAGCCCUCGAACCCUUUCUUCCUUACUGGCAAAGCGGUGCGGCUUGAAGGAGAAUAAACAUCACAGAACGAGUCCCUCACGGCGCGCCCCAAAUGCAGCGCGUCGAUGUUUGGCGUCGAAAAAUAUGAACCCUUUGGUGAAGUCCUGCCUCUCGCAC